ACCAAGGCAACCAGCACAUGAACAAGUAACUUAACAGUCUACACAUCCAGAGGGCAGAGGAAGGAUCCCACACUCACAGAUAUUCUCACGCAAGACUGUCUAACGAGGAAUUGGUGGCUGCUCCUGACAGGCUGUCAUCUCAAGGAAAAGUAAACUUCAACUACAGAGGAGGAUCUGUGCGGCAGGGGGAGAAGACUCAGCGGAGAGAGGGGAGACUGUUGGAUUCACACACACAUUAUCUAUUUCUUUUUUUUUGCCGGAUGACGGCUUCAUGGGUGAAAGAUGAAUCUCCACCCGUUGGGCGACUGUGUGAUUGACUCUGCUGCGAUGGAGGACGUUUCCCAGCACAUCCAGUGACUCCCACCGCCGCCUAUGCCUCCUGCUGAAUGUGGAAAGCCUAGGAUGGAAGACCCACCAAGUGCUGCUCCGAGGCACUGGCACAACACUCUCGACCUCCACAACCUCAACCGUCUCCCCUCCACAUCCAGCUGCUUCACCGCCAUCGCCAACCAGCCAGGGACCACCGCCACCGGGUGACAAGAUUCCAGGAUGUUUGUGAAUUUCCGCCGGAUACGAAAAUGCCAGUGUGUGCAGCUGAUGACCACCUGCCUGGUGCUGUCAGUGGUGAUGGUUUGCUGGGAGCAGCUGGACAACAGCGUAGUCAACCACGUCAAGUCCUACUCCUACCGCUACCUGGUCAACCGCUUCACCUACAUCAACAAGAGCCUCACCAUCCCACGAGAGCAGGCCAAGAGCUUCAGCAACUUCCGCUACCUGCUGGACCACCCGGAUAAGUGCGCCGGCAAAGACGUCCUCCUCCUCCUCUUUGUCAAAACAUCCCCAGAGAACAUUGAAAGGCGAAAUGCCAUCAGAUCCACCUGGGGGAACGAGACCUACAUCCAGAACGCCCUGGGAGUGACAGUCAAGGUGGUGUUUGCCUUAGGAGCACCUCAGACCCAGAAGGAGGAGCUCUUAAGGAGCAGGAGGAGCGGGGCUGGUUUUCAGGAGCAUCUCAUCCAGGAGGACCGUCUCCAUGGUGACUUGAUCCAACAAGACUUUUUAGACUCCUUUCACAACCUGACCCUGAAACUGAUCCUGCAGUUCCACUGGAUGCACAGCCGCUGCGCACACGCCCGCUUCCUCAUGACCGCUGAUGACGACAUCUUCAUCCACAUGCCCAACCUGGUCACCUACCUGCAGGACAUGAGCAGCAGGGGCGUCACAGACUUUUGGGUCGGUCGGGUGCACAGAGGGGCGCCGCCAAUCCGCAGCAAAGACAGCAAGUACUAUGUGUCCUUUGAGAUGUACCCGUGGCUGUCGUACCCUGACUACACAGCUGGGGCCGGGUACGUCGUCUCCAGGGACGUGGCGGACAAAAUCUACCAAGCCACGCUGACCCUGAAUGCUUCUCUUUACAUAGACGAUGUGUUUAUGGGCAUCUGCGGCAAUGCAGUCGGCGUGUCACCACAGGAGCACGUCUAUUUCUCAGGCGAGGGCAAAGCACCCUACCACCUGUGCAUCUAUGACCAGAUGAUGACCUCACAUGGUCACGUGGAGGAUAUUUAUGACCUGUGGAAGAAGGCGACCCACCCGCAGGUGAAGCAGAAGACCUCUGGACUCACAGGGAGGCUGUACUGCACAGCUGUGAAAGUGGCUCUCCUUUGUAGACCAUACUAUUUUAACACCUACCCAUGCAAAGCAGCCUUUUUUUAGUAUGACGCAAGGUGUGUGUGUGUCAGUGUGUGACAGAGAGCGAGGGAGUGUGUCGUAGGUCAUAAUGAAAGGAGGAUCAUUGCUGCGAAUAUUACCUCAGUCCUUUCAGUCGGACAUCCAUGUCAAAACACUGGAGUGUGUGUGUUCUGUGUUUUCAGAGGCAAAGAGACCAGACGAUUCAUGUUUGUCACUGUCAGUGUGACAUCACCAACACGUCAGUGAGAAUCAUUCAAUCACACUGGCUUUGCGUUGACAGCAGAAUGUGUUCAAUUACAUGAUGUUUAUAUGUUUCAUCUCAAACCUUCUGUGCUCACAAAUAGAAUUUUAAAUUAUUAACUAAUUUAUUUCCAAUCUCAGCCAGCGGAUUACAAGACUACUUUCUGCUCUUCUUGGAUUUUAUUUCCACUGCUGUGAAACACAAAAGGGUUGCCAAAAUUUUGUCACACUCAAAAAUCAAGGUAACGUUUUCUUAACACACGGCCACACCUCUUACUGGCACUUACUUUAAAAUGUAGAAGUUCCACAUCUGUGUGUUCCUGUGUGCUGUUUGAGCCGAUGUAAGAAAAAAAAAAUACACAGUAUAUACAGUGAUGUGUCAAAUCUAAAAAUGUCUCCGUGUCAUGAAGUGCAAAAUUCCUCACAGUGACGUAGAGUAGACGUGUAAAUGAAAAGACUUUACAGACAGUUCCUGUGCUGAAAAUCACAAUGAUGUACCGAUGAGCAAAGUGUGCGCUCUAAAUUGAAUAUUUUCUUGUCAUAAGAUUUUUUUUCUUUUUGUAAUUCAAUUUGUGAACAUGUUUUUUAAUGAAAUAAAAUCUCCAAAGUGAAAGUUAAAUUUUUUUUUUAAUUUAUUGCCAGUAGUGGCAUCAAUAAUGUCAGUUUGCUGACCAGGAAACACCUAUGAGUUAGCACUGAAACCGCUGAUUGCUCUUUCAUUACAACAUAAAGAGCACCAGUACAUGUUAUACCAUCAGCACCAACUUCAUUACUUUGAGUUAAAACUACAACAUAAACUAUAUUCUCUAAAUAUUUUUUGAACUCUGUUGGUUGCCUAGUAACCACAGGAUGACCACAAGACUUUAGGAAGUGACUGUGCCUGACACAUAAUGCCCCCUGCAAUACUACAACUUGUUGUUUUCACACUUACUUUUGCUAAUCUAAUGUCUGUACUGCCAGCUGAUUAGCUUAUCUUAGCACACAGACUGGAAACAGGGGGACACAGCUACCCUGAGUCUGUCCUAAGGUGACUAAAUCCGCCCACCAGCACAUCUGUAGCUCUUUCAUUAACAUGUCAUGUCUCAUUUGUUAAAUCUGUACAAAAAACAAAGCGUAAAAACAACACAUUAUGGAUUUUCAGACUUUUUAUAUACUUACUUCAAAGUGAAUAUUUCCAAAUAAUGUCAACCUAUGUUCCUUUAAUUUGGAUAUUUUUUCCAAAUGGUUACUAAAGGGAACAGUUCAAGCUUUUGUUUUCAGUAACUUGUCUAAGUGUGUUUUGAGAUUUCUCGUCAGUCAUUACUUCAAGGUCACACAGUUGAAUAUAUUCAGCAUCAUACUUGACUUUGGCCAUGUCGUCAAGCUACUUCCCUGUCUCUGUUGCGCACAUCACACAAAAUCACACCCGUCUCGCCCAUGUUCCCGUCCUGCUGGCUUUCUCUUUUACACAAACCGUGCUGGUGCUGUUAAAGUCGAGACACAUCUGUACCCCCAUUCUGUGAUCGUACCUUUUAUACACAACGAUAAGGCGGCGUAAUGGUGCAACAUUCCCAUCUUAUGAUGAUGAUGAUGAUGACGAUAUGAUUCAUAUGAAAUGUGCAAAUGUAACGCAUUCGUGGUUUGCAGAAAUGUCAACAUUUUCUUCUGGUGACUCUGCUGUUGUGAAUCAUAACUGCUUAUCCAGAAUGUCUUUAACUAACAAGUCAAGUUAAAUAAGUAUCUAAAGUUGUCAUCUAAAGUACUUUCUCAAUCACAUGAA